AGGGAGAGAGGUCCUGGGACUCCUUUCUCUCAAGCCGUCUAACUGGGUUUAUGGAGCCUGUGCAGCUGAAAAAUGAAAGUUUCUUCAGUGGUCAUCGUUCUCCUGACUAGAGCUUUCCUUGGAGAGGUGUGCCAGGCCGUGAACGUCACGGUCUCUCCUGGCCCCGUCGCAAUGUCCCUGGAGCGCGAUAACCUUACACUCUCCUGCCAAGUAUCCCAGAAGAAGAGGGCGAACAGCCUGCUCGUGGUGCGCUGGCUGUUCUCAGCAGGGGGCGCUGAGGAGCAGCUCAUCGUCAAGCUCAACAUGAAGCGGGCCAAGUACUACGGGAACUACACCAAGCGUUUCGCUCGGCCCAAGCUGAAGCUCUUCGAGGCCAAGCAGGGCAAGGCCUACAACCUGCUCAUUCUGAACAUUUCCAAGGAGGACAGGGGCCUUUACAUAUGCAAGGUGCAGGAAAUCAGGAAGCACCAAAAUCGCUGGAGGGCCGCGUCCAACGGGACAGCUGCUACAGAGUUAAGAGUGCACGUUUUGCCAGACACGAAAAGCAGAGAAGGAAUAUGGCAACUUUUUGAAGAUGUCUACCUAUGUGCAGUGCUGAUCUGCUCUGUCGGCCUUGUGUGUAUGUGCAUGUUCACUGUGGCCAUCACCUGCCAGUACCUGCACAGGAAGCAGAGGGAGAAAGCCAGUUACUAUUUAGUCAAGUGCCCUCAAAACAGCUCAGGGGAGACGGUCACCAGUGUUGUCAGCUCAUCCCCCGUGAUCCCCAAGAAAAAGAAGAAAUACAAAAAGAAAACAAUCCAAGAGAACGCAGAGAUACCACCAGCAAUACCUGCUAAAGCUCCGGUUGCAGACAAACUGCGAAAACCAAAGCUUUUAAAACCUCAGCCAAGAAAAGUGGUUUUGCCAAAGAUUGCAGAGGAAAGCUUGAUGUACGCCGAGCUGGAGCUGGUCAAACCACUGCCUGACACCAAAGCAGCGUGCACAGGGACUGUGUACGCCCAGAUUCUCUUUGAGGAAAAACAGCUGUAAAAAAGAAACACCUGGAUCAAAACUGCAUUCAAUGCCAAUACUGUCUAUUUAUAUGAUGUAUUGUAUCAUUUUGUAUUUUUAUGUUGUUUUAUGUUGUGUGUGUGUGUGGGUUUUUUUGGACAAUGGGGCUAUUUAAGCCGACAACAUCAUGCGGUUUAAAUGGGUGUUUAUCUUCAUUUCUUUUGAGACUUAAUAUUUUGUAAAAAAGAAAAAAAAAACAAAAAC